UAAGACCCCAUUAGCGAAGGGGCACUGGAUAUUAAGAUAAGGUUUUAUAAAAUACCCAGAGUCAGAGCUCAAUGCUCCUUUUCCACGCCAUUAGCUUAUGAAGCUCUAAUGCACCCACAACCUAGUCACUUGCAGAGAGCACUUGGGUUUUGCCUUUGUUUUUCGCUAUUUCAGUUUCAAUAGGUAAAGACAUGGAUGUUACUAGCUGUCAAAAUGGUGGUAGCAUCAUGUGGUUCUUCAGAGACAAAGGUUUUGAUGAUAAAAGCAUCAAUGAAAUGUUCAAGAAAUGUAAGCGCCUUCAAGGCGUGCACAAGGAAAGAGCCUCCGAAAACUGGUCUUACCUGAAAAGCAUUGGUAUUCAAGAGAGAAAGCUACCUUCUGUUGUUUCCAAGUGCCCCAAAAUCCUUGCCCUUGGUCUAUAUGAGAAGCUUGUCCCCAUGGUAGAGUGCCUUGCUACGCUAGGAACCGAACGCCGCGAAGUUGCUUCUGCCAUUGCUAGAUUCCCUCAAAUAGUCUCACACAGUGUGGAAGAGAAGCUUUGCCCACUCUUGGCUUUCUUUCAAGCAUUGGGAGUCUCUGAAAGGCAACUAGGCAAAAUGAUAUUGCUAAAUCCUAGGCUUAUCAGUUAUAGCAUUGAAUCUAAACUCACAGAUAUUGUUAACUUCCUUGCCACACUUGGCCUUACCAGAGAAUGGAUGAUCGGUAAAGUUCUGGCAAAAUACCCGUUUAUAAUGGGUUAUAGUGUCAACAAAAGGCUACGUCCUACAACCGAGUUCUUAAAAUCGGUUGGUUUAUCCAAGACAGAUCUUCAAACAGUGACCAUGAACUUUCCCGAAGUCUUGUGCCGUGAUGUUGACAAGAUUCUAAGACCAAACUUUGCAUAUCUUGAAAGAAGUGGAUUUGAGGAUAGACAGAUAGCAGCUUUGGUGACUGGCUAUCCCCCUAUUCUAAUCAAGAGCAUCAAGAAUUCCUUAGAACCUAGGAUUAAGUUCUUGGUUGAGGUGAUGGGGAGGCAAAUCGAUGAAGUAGCUAAUUACCCUGACUUUUUCCGGCACGGUUUAAAGAAGCGAGUAGAGUUGCGGCACCGGCUUUUAAAAGAGAAGGAUGUCAAUUGUAGCUUAAGUGAAAUGCUAGACUGCAAUCACAAGAAGUUUCUAUUGAAGUUUGGUUUGUUUGAAGGACUUGCCUGAGGGUCACCAACUCUCAACACGGUUCUACAGAAAGAAACUCAAAUUGACAAACUGUGCACCUAAAUGGCUAAAACACAUCGAUUAUACUAUACAUGGCCACCAGACUGAGGCCUUUCCUAAUUGUUCUAUCAGCAUUCAAAGGUGAAGGAAAGCCUAGGGUCGGAUUGAAGACAAAGACUUGAAAUACAAAAUCAGAUGAGAUUAAAAUCGAAACUAUAUAGGAGAAAUGUUUUGCAGCAUCACAGGCCAUCCUUCAUGCUGAUCUUUAUAUUUUGCACUUUAAUUGACAGCUGCAGCUUAUGAUCUUCAAUGUCUUUUAAAACAGAAAGCAGAUUCGACCUGUAAACUUCACAUUUUCGACUCGCAUAGUCCAGCUCAUUUGUAAGUUCUCGGAUCUUCUUGUCCAUGUCAUCCUGAAAAACAGCAAAGCACCCAACGUUAUAUCGAAUAUGGAAUGAGCAUGAUCUAUAAUGCAAAAA